AGCACUAAGCACGUAGAAGUUUCGUAUAAACCCAGCGAUAAAAGAUCAAUAAAAAUGGUCAGCCAAGAGGAUUUUGAUAAAGCCGCCGAGAAUGUUAAGAAUUUAACUUCCACCCCAUCCGAUAAUGAUUUAUUGGAAUUGUACAGUUUAUUUAAACAGGCGACAGUGGGGGAUUGCAACACCGAUAAGCCCGGUUUCUUGGACUUCAAAGGCAAAGCAAAAUGGGAAGCCUGGAACAAUCGCAAGGGGACGUCGAAAGAUGAUGCUAUGAAUUCUUAUGUCGAGAAAGUAAAAGCCCUGGUUCAAGCUCAUGGGCUGAAAGCUUAAAAACAAAAAUAUAAUUAAAAAAUUAUAAAUAUGAAUUUGUGAAUCAAAAAAUGCUAUUGAAUGGCAGAUUAAUCAACUACCAUUUAAAUAUUCCAUUUGCUAUGACUUGGUAAUGAAUUUUGCAAGAAUUACAAAAAAUAAGAAUACACCUUAUAUUUCAAAACGCACGUUUUAAUGCACAAUUUUCUACAGUUUAUUAACACGAAAGUGGUAAUCUUUACAAAUUUUUGUAUUUAUGAGUGUUAUAAAAAUAUAGAAAUAACUUAAAAACACA